GAGUUAUUUGUAAGUAAACGUAAAAUAUAGUUAUUUAUUAGUGUCAAUUAAUAAGAGAAAACACUUGAAGACUUUCGAGUUGUUGCAUAAAAUAGUAACUAAAAAUUUUUUGUGUUGGAGCAGGGAAACUAAACUUUUUAACUUCAAACAGUAAUCACUGCUGAAACUAUCGAGAUGUCAGUAUUAAAUCAAAGUGGUGAGGAGCAGGUGGAGUGUCCUCUUUGUAUGGAACCACUCGAGGUUGAUGAUCUUACAUUCUUUCCCUGUACCUGUGGUUAUCAGAUAUGUCGUUUUUGCUGGCAUCGUAUUAGAACAGAUGAAAAUGGACUGUGUCCAGCUUGUCGUAAGGCUUACUCCGAGGAUCCGGCUGAUUUCAUCCCUUUGUCCCAGGAGCAGAUGGCUAAGCUAAAAGCUGAAAAACGUCAACGUGACCAACAACGUAAAGCAAAGCUUACUGAAAGCAGGAAGCAUUUGGCUAGUGUUAGAGUAGUGCAACGGAACUUGGUCUUUGUCGUUGGGCUACCAAUGAGAUUGGCGGAUCCGGAGGUCCUUAAAAGGCAUGAGUAUUUCGGUAAAUUUGGGAAAAUACAUAAGGUGGUAAUAAACCAAUCGACUUCGUACGCUGGCUCGCAAGGGCCCAGUGCAAGUGCCUAUGUAACCUACAUGAAAAGUGAUGACGCUUUAAGGGCCAUUCAAAGUGUCAAUAAUAUUACUAUAGACGGUAGAGUGAUAAAAUCAAGUUUAGGUACUACGAAAUAUUGUUCCCAUUUUAUGAAAAAUCAAACUUGUCCCAAGCCAGAUUGUAUGUACCUUCAUGAUUUUGGUGAUCCUGAGGCCAGUUUCACCAAGGAGCAGAUGCACGCCGGUAAACAUCAGGAAUAUGAAAAGAAAUUACACGAAAACCUACUUUUACGUACCGCCAACAAUAACAACAGCGAAAAUUCUAAACCUUCUUUACCUAUACCCACAACGAACUCGACAGUUAAAUCAUCUUCCAAAGAUAACACUGCGCUAUCGAGCAGUGUUAGUAGCAGUAGUAGUACAACUUCGAAUAGUAGUGGAACGAAUAAAGAAAAUUGGCCACACCUGAAUACGGAAAAGGAAAAAAAGGACAAAGAAAAAGGCAAAAAAAGUAAGGGAAAAGGUGAAACUAGUGCUAGGAAAGGAGAUAGGAAAGAGGCGUUUAGUAGUGGUAAAAGUGAUAGUGGAUUUAGAACGGAAGUAAAACAGGAUAAACCUUCAUCGCCGCACCUAAGUGAACAGACGGCAACACCUUCACCGCCGACGUUACUGGAGCCCCAAAUAUCGUUUUCCAAACUGCCCGCAUCCAUAAUAGACGAUAAUACUAGUUUCUUUUCUAUAAAUUCCUUCCAGAAAUUAUCCCACACCAGUAAUAGUGAAUCUGAUCAAAAUUCAGUGCCGGAACAAGCAACUGAAUCGGAAAGCGAAACUCAUCCAUCUAGUAUAUUAACGGACACAUUGCCAAAUAUAAAUACAACUGAAGAUUGGGCGGCGGCAUUUGGUUUCUCUAGAAAUUCGGAAAAUAAUUUAGAAAAAUUAGAAGAAAAAGAUGUAUUAGAUCCGUUCAGAAAAAGUUUCGGCGUAAUAAACGAUACAGCAUUCAGUAAAGGAGUCGAGUCCUACAACAACGGCCUUUAUGAAAUAUCGCCGAAAAUUCAAGAAAACAUUCUGGAAAUGCUUUCAGGCAAAACACCCGCUACUUUCCCAAGCUAUAAAACGUCUCCAUCACAACCUUCAGUUCCUCCGGCCCACACGCACAACGGUAUUAACGGAUUAGAUCAAAAUAUGUCAAAGUUCUUCAUGGAUUUCCAUAAAAAUAAUAAAGAUGUAGGUACAGCGGGUCAACAGCAUCAGUUUAACGGUUUCAACGGCGUCCAUCAAGGAAUUCAAGGAUAUUUUUCUGGAAUCCAAAACAGUUCGGAUAGAGUUAUGUUAUUACAACAGAAACAUUUAGAAGAACAACUAUUGAAUCUUAGUUUAAAACAAAGGUAUGGUAGUAAUUCAAAUUCGGUAUAUCAAAACGGUGUGAAUCCACCAAUAUAUAUGAACGAAGAUAACGGAGGAUUCGGAAACGUACACCCGCCAUUAUUUAAUAGUUCAUCAAAUAUUAAACAGAAUAAUAGAAGUACGGAAGACGAAUUAGGAUUUGAUCCUUUCCAAGAAACACAGAAAGCGUUUGCGGAUUUAAUGGCCACCGAACAGAAUCAAAAAUCACACAAUAGUAAUAUAGGUCGUAGUCAAAUUAACGGGGUAAAUCUCAAUCAGAACGGCCACGUGCCGCCUCCGCCUCCCGGUUUUGUCCAAACAAAUUCCUCACAUAUGAAUUCUUUCGGUAGUAAAAUUUUACCUUUCCUAAAUAUGUCUAAUAGUCAACAACAAAUAAAUAAUUCAACGCAAAAUAAUUGGCCUAGUAAUUAUAAUUCGCAACCGCAACAACAGAAAAAUAUAAGCAACUCGUGUAACGAUUGGAAGGUGUUAGAUCCGGCGAUCUUGUCCUCCAGCCGCCAUUAUCCCUUAGCGAAUAUGCCUCAACUUAGAGAUUAUACAAAUUUAUCACAAAUAGGUACACAACAACAGAUACAGAACGGGAGUGCGCCCCCAUUGCGAACAUACGAAUAUACAAAUAACGCAUUCUCCAAUUUUACGCAACAGUUACAGCCAAAUUUCAAUAAUUUCUCACAUAUGAAUUCACAACAGAAUCUGAAUUGGUUUAGCAACGAUUUAAAUUCACAAAUAUCCAGUCCACCGGGAUUCAGAAAUAACCCGGCGACCAAACAGCAAGAGUGUUAAGCGAUUUUUGUUUUGUUUUUUUUUUAUCAUGAAAAAAUAAUAAUAAUAAAACGCAACGUAUGGGUCUCAUUUUUAUUUCAAUUUUCAAACUGAACAGUGUCAAUUUUGAUCAUAGAUUCGUUGUGUUUAUUCCAUAAUAUUUUAAUAACUUUGAGGAUAACAGUUGAGGGUCGAAUAAAUUUUACCGAAAACCAACUUUACACUUUGAUCAGGUAUUAGGGUGGAAAUUAUAGUUGAAUUUCAAAAGGGAACCGUCAAUUGUUAUUACAGACUGUUUUUUUCCAAAAAAUAACCGUCAUUUAUCUUUAGAGAGUGUUGUCUUGUAAAAUAAACUGUCAUUUGUCUUUAGAGACUCUCUGUCUUCAAAAACAGACUGUCAUUUGUCAGUAAAGACUGUCGUCUUGAAAAAUAAACUGUCAUUUGUCUUUAGAGACUGUCGUCUUGAUAAAUAAACUGUCAUUUGUCUCUAGAGACUGUUGUAUUGAAAAAUAAACUGUCAUUUAUCUUUAGAGACUGUUGUCUUGUAAAAUAAACUGUCAUUUGUCUUUAGAGACUCUCUGUCUUCAAAAACAGACUGUCAUUUGUCUGUAAAGACUGUCGUCUUGAAAAAUAAACUGUCAUUUGUCUCUAGAGACUGUUGUAUUGAAAAAUAAACUGUCAUUUAUCUUUAGAGACUGUUGUCUUGUAAAAUAAACUGUCAUUUGUCUUUAGAGACUCUCUGUCUUCAAAAAAAGACUGUUAUUUGUCUUUAGAGACUGUUUCUGUUUCAAAAUCAAACAGACAUUGGUCCUUAGGGUACUGCUAAGUACUUUUAGUUGUCUGUAUAGAGAUGGGAAAGUGUCUGAUAAAAGUAACUGGACUUUGACUAUUAAAAAGAAUGCAACUGUGAUCAGAAUUAUAAAAAAAUUAACUAAAUAUUAAAAAAAACUGUUAUCUUUUAAAAUUAUUAAUACGUUAUUGAAUACACAAUUGAUUACAAAAAUUUUUCUGAAAAAGUUUCUAAAUCAGGAUAAACUUUGAGCGUUUUUGUGCAUAAAAUUAUUAUUCGACAUAUUUUAAUUAGUAAUAUAAUUUUGAAUUUCGUUUCCGAAGCAAUUUAUACAACAAAAAAAUAUUUUUCAAUUUAUGAAAGUAAAAUUUGGUAGUUCAAAUGUCUCGUACUCCAAAUGUAACGAAUUAGAUCUGUUACUACUAAACCAACAUCUCAAUUACAUAAUCUGGUCCUUCGAGCCGGAUAUUAAUCAGCUUCUAUGCUGUUCCUAAUUAAUUGGAACAAAUUAACUAUCAUUUUUCGAAAAAUUCAGAUUUUAAUUAUUUAUUAUAAUUUUGUCACUUGUCUCCCAAAUAAUGUAGUGUAGUUAAAAGUGCGUUCUUAUUAUUGGGUGUAGAAGUUCAGAUCGGGUAAAAGGAACAUACUUUUCAAUAGAGAAGGUGAAAUAGUGGAAAUAGAUUUUAAUUUUAUGCACAAAUAGAGAAAAUGUAUGUUAACAGAUUAUCGUAGUUGUAACUUAUAUGAUACGGGAAGAUUUAUUACCUGCGGUUAGUGCAAUACUUUUAAAAUUUUCGGGUAUUAGCUAAAAUAUAUUCGCGAGAAUCGCCCAUACCAAUUCAUUUAACAAUGUUUUAUUCGAAAAUUACUACAAAGCUUUAUUCUGUUGUAAAAUCGAAUUGUGAGUGUUUUGCCACAAACUACACACGAGGAAUGAAAACUAAUAUAAUUAUAUAUGACGUAAAAACAGCUAAAUAUAAUAUAUAAAUCGUA